CUAAUUAAAUUAUUAAUUAAUUAUGAAAAACAAAUCAAUUCUAAAUUAUUCGAAUUUCAACAAAUUAAUCAUAAUUACAAAUUAGGUUGUAUAAUUAACAAGUCUAGGCAUUCAAAUUUGUUAAACAUAUACUGUAGGUCAAUCUAAAACUCAAGAUUUAUCAACAAGAAUCGCAAAUAUUCAAUUUAACAUCUUAAAUUUACAAACUUUUGCGUUCGAAAAACUAAAACCUCCAAAAAGUCAUAGUUAGGCUUCGAAUUUGGGAAUUCUGGGUUCGGCCGAAAAACGCUAUUUUUGUCAAAAUUUUAGAAUGUCUUUUACAUGCGGAAUUGACACAAAAAUCACUCGAUUUGGAUGAGUAACGAAAAAACUGCCGAAAAACUGCGUACAUAUAAUUAAAUAAACGCAAUUUGCAAUUACUUAACAAUUACAAAAAUUAAUCACCCCUUUUAAUUCCUUGCAAAUUUGUAUAAUUUAACCAUGUUUAUGCAAUUUAGAUUAUGAAAAUAAUAAGAGGCUCGUGAUACCACUGUUAGGUUAUGAUACAUAUGACAUAACAUAAACCAUGCGGAACACCUUAAUGCCAGAAAACAUAUAUAAUUUACACAUAAUCAUAUAGCAUAAUUUAGAUGCAUACACUUUGUAGCGUGCCUUCCCUAGCUGCGCCCGAACCGAACAAGAACAAGUCUUUAGGACUCCAAGUGUCGUCCCUCCGUAGAUAGUCCACAGCACGUCCGGAUCCGCCUUAAGUUUGACCAACUAGAAUCGCCCUUAAGGUUCUAAAAAUUUCGGGUAAAUAGGUUGCAAGUGUUUGGCUGAUUUUUGCUUCAAAAUCUUAACUUUGAAUACUUCAAUGUUGUGUAUAAAUUUGUGACCCUAAGCACCUAUUUAUAGAGUUAUGGAAAAGGACUUAUAAUCCUAUUAGAAUACUAAUUUAGUUUAAUUAGAAUCAUGCUAGGACUCUAUUAAAUAAACUUUAUCUAUUAGGAUUAGGAUUUAAUCAUAUGAAGAAUUCCGAUAGCUUUAGGAUUCGUAUAGCACGCAUGCACACAGCGCCCAAGCACCGCACGCCCAUGCGCAAGCCUUGCGGCCCACGCACUGCGCACAUCGCUGAGGCCCACUUGCUCGCAGCCCAUCGCUAAGCUCGCGCGCGCCAAGGCUUGGCUGGGCCUGACCUUGCGCUGGGCCUGGCCUUGCGCUGGGCCUGGCCUUGCGCUGGGCCUGGCCUUGCGCUGGGCCUGGCCUUGCGCUGGGCCUGGUUGAGGCUUGGCGUGUUAUUGGAUGUGUGUGGCUUGCUGGGCGAUGGCAUGGCUUCGUGCUGGGCCUUCGUCUAGCAAGCCUCGUCCGAUGCUAAUUCGUACGAUACGCUUUCCGAUUAAAUUCCCGAUUUCGGAAUUCAUUUCCGAUACGAACAAUAUUUAACAUUUCCGAUUCCGGAAUUAAUUUCCGUUUCGAACAAAUAUUUAAUAUUUCCGUUUCCGGAAUUAUUUCCCGAUUCCGAUAAUAUUUCCGAUUCCGGUAAUAUUUCCGAUUCCGGUAAUAUACGAUUCCGAUGCAAGGUCGUAUCGUAUAAUACGUUUUCCAAACUAAUUCCCGAAAAGCUAUUAAAUGAAUUUCCGAUUCAUUUAAUCCGUUGAUCUGUUACGUGUCAUUGGUGUGACCUUGUAGGUUCAGUCAAGAGUAAGAUGUGAGUUCAAUAUCCAUUAGAACUCACUGAUCGGAAGCAUUGUUCCAGCUAGCUGUUCCGAUCACUUGAUCUCACUUAAUUAAUUGUUCGCAAUUAAUUUGAACCUUGGUAUUAGAGUUAAUGCACCUUGGGUGAAGGACAUAUUUCCUUCAUAGAAUAUCAAUUACCCACAAGGAUCACCUCCAAGACAAUCAACCAAACAAUACAACUCCAAUUGACCACAAAUAAUCCACCAAACAAAUAACCUAACAAUCAACCAAUAAUGGACAGCAACAAUAAUCAAAUGCGAAGAACAAAAUGCAAUCAACAACACACGAAUUAUACGUGGAAAACCCCUUCGAUGUGAAGAGUAAAAACCACGGGACUUGUGAGGAGUCCACCCUUGUCACCUUCUCUUAUUAUGAUAAAAUUGAGGGAAAAAGAACCCAAAUCAGACAUACAAAGUUUCACAACCCACCAACACUUCCAUACAUAAGAGAUCAACAAUUAAGAGAUAAGAGAUGAAGAAUAUCACCCAAAAACGUAGGUUCUGUCCAGCAGCGACCACGGACAAACCAGAGCUCAAAACGACGAUCCAACUGUUCAAAAUGAGGCCCUAUGUAUCCUCAACAAGCUGACAAAAAAUCAGCACGAUCCGACCAUUCAAUCUCCGGCAAACAGAAGUUUUCUGAUGGCUGCCCUGAAAACUACGAACACUUUCUUCUCUUUCUCUCCUCUCCUUUUUUAGUGUGUGUUUAGAUCUGAUUUCUCACUCAGCCAACCUAACUUCUCUUAGGUCAUAACUAAACAUAAAAAACACUCCAAGACUUCUAACAUAAGCCAACCAAUUUAGCCCCAAGUGGACUAAAAACAUAACCCAAUAUUUUGGGCUCACAAACACAAGUCAAAUUACUUACUUGUACAACGGCUGGACCCACAACAGACAUGCCCUCAGGGGUAACCUAUGCAAAGGAAAAUUGAACACCUCUUCCCGCGCAUUACUAAACUACAAAACUUCGCUGAGUACCCAUUUAAUUUUUCAAACUCAGAGGUACCAAAAGCACCUAAAUUCCUCAAAUAUUUAACUGAAUGAAUGAGGAUUUCUUCUCAAUAUCGCUCAAUUAUCUUGAGCAUCAAACAUAGCUUAAAACCCAGAAUUAAUCUCCAUUAUUGCUGUUUUUAUUCAUCAUCUCCUAAUUCCAACCUCUUGACAUUGUUCAACCAAUACGUUGAUCCUACCAAUGUGCACUCCUGGAACUCGGUCAUCGCCGAGCUGGCUCGAAGCGGUGAUUCUGUCGAAGCCCUUCGAGCCUUCUCGUCGUUGCGAAAACUCUCUCUGUUCCCCAACCGCAACACAUUUCCUUGUACAAUAAAGUCUUGUUCUUCUCUCAAUGAUCUCUUAUCCGGCCGACAAGCCCACCAGCAGGCUUUUGUGUUUGGGUAUGAUUAUGAUCUUUUUGUGUCCUCUGCUUUGAUUGAUAUGUACUCCAAAUGUGGGCAGAUAUGGAAUGCACGCAAGCUGUUCGAUGAAAUUCCUCAAAGAAAUGUUGUGUCUUGGACGUCGAUGAUCACUGGUUGUGUCCAGAAUGAUGAACCCCAUGAGGCAUUGUUGCUUUUUAAUGAGUUUUUGGCUGAGGAAAGUGAGAUUGAGGGAGAGAAGGAGGGUUUUUCUGUGGAUCAAGUUGCUUUGGUUUCGGUAUUAUCAGCUUGUGCGAAGGUUUCAAAUAAGGUUGUGACCGGAGGGGUUCAUGGGCUUUCCGUAAAACGGGGUUUUGAUGGGUUUAUGGGAGUGGGGAAUACUUUAUUGGAUGCAUAUGCUAAGUGUGGGGAGCUGGAUAUGUCAAAGAAGGUGUUUGAUGGGAUGGCAGAGAAAGAUGUCAUUUCUUGGAACUCUAUGAUUGCGGUGUUUGCACAAAAUGGAUUGUCAACUGAAGCUAUACAAGUGUUUCAUGAUAUGGUGAAUGGUAGUGGUGUUAUAUGUAAUGCAGUGACAUUGUCUGCUAUUCUGUUGGCUUGCUCUCAUGCUGGGGCUUUGCUACAUGGCAAGUGCAUACAUGAUCAGGUCGUUAAGAUGGGCUUGGAACAGAAUGUGUUUGUUGGCACUUCAAUUAUUGACAUGUAUUGUAAAUGUGGUAAAGUUGUAAAGGCGAGGAGAGCUUUUGAGCGUAUGAAGGUGAAGAACGUGAAGUCUUGGAGUGCAAUGAUAGCUGGUUAUGGGAUGCAUGGGUAUGCCAGAGAAGCACUAGAUAUUUUCUAUGCUAUGAAAAAGGUAGGGGUAAAACCAAAUUAUAUAACUUAUGUAUCAGUGCUAGCUGCGUGCAGCCAUGCUGGGCUUGUUGAAGAAGGAUGGGAGUGCUUUGCAAGCAUGAAAAAGGAGUUUGGUGUGGAACCUGGGGUCGAGCAUUAUGGUUGUAUGGUUGAUCUUCUUGGCCGUGCUGGUUCACUUGACAAGGCAUAUGAUUUGGUCAAAGGAAUGAAAGUUGAGCCUGAUUUUGUGGUCUGGGGAGCUCUCCUAGCUGGGUGCCGGAUGCAUAAAAAUUUAGAGCUAGCAGAAAUAUCGGCAAGGAAAUUGUUUGAAUUAGACUCGAGUAACUGUGGGUAUUAUGUUUUGCUUUCUAAUAUGUAUGCUGAUGCUGGAAGAUGGGCAGAUGUUGAGAGAAUAAGAAUUUUAAUGAAGGAAAAUGGGUUGGUUAAACCUCCUGGAUUUAGCUUGCUAGAAGUGAAAGGAAAGGUUCAUUUAUUUUUGGUUGGAGAUAAAGAGCAUCCUCAGCAUGAACAAAUUUACGAGUACCUAGACAACCUAUAUAUGAAACUGAAAGAAAUUGGAUAUGUAUCUGAUAAGGCAUCUGUUCUUCAUGAUGUUGAUGAUGAAGAGAAGGAAUUCAUCUUACGAGCUCACAGUGAGAAGCUUGCAGUUGCAUAUGGUAUUAUGAAUACUUUUCCUGGGACUACAAUCCAUGUCAUAAAAAACCUCAGGGUUUGCGGUGAUUGUCACACUGUGAUAAAGCUGAUAUCCAAAGUUGUAAACCGAGAGAUUGUGGUAAGAGAUUCUAAGCGUUUCCACCAUUUUAAAGAUGGGACUUGUUCAUGUGGUGACUACUGGUAAAUUGGUAAUUCAUAAAGGUUCUUCCUAGAAGGAAAGACUGGGCAAUUUCAUUAUAUUAUGUGCACCGCAGAAAUUAUGGGUCUUACAUGUUUGGAGGAGAUAGUGGACAUGAAAUCUCGGUAGGAUACUGCAUACUGUUAAAUUGACUGGAACUUUUGAUGUCCGAUCUCAUUAGUUCUCGAGAGACUGGAACUUUUAAGCAUUUGUAGGCUGACAGUAUGUAAAUACAAGGCAAAUACCAAAGAAAUAAGAAACUUGCUUAAUAUGUCGAAUGUUCCAAUAAUUGAGGUUUAUAUGAGCAGUGCGUUAUGGAUUAUUUACAUGACAUACUAUAAAUUUACGGAGAGCAUCCUCUGAAGAACUUGUCUAUAAGUAUUGAUUUCCUCCUUGGUGAACUCUCUUGGAUGUGCUGUUUGUUACGAUCAAAGUAACUUAGAGUACGCUGCAGUCUGUCAUUUUCGACCCUCAACAUCCUCACCUGAUUUUGAAGCUUUAUGAUGGUCUCUCUCUUCUCAGAGUUUCUUCUGAUCAACUCAACCUGCAGCUGUGUAUUUUCUUCAACAAGCUUUGAAAAUUUCAACUUCACUCCAUCAGACCAUACCAUUUCUGGCCUAAUGCUGCAUCCAUCUUUGGGUACUAAGUUAUUCGAAGACCUCUUUAUAUUUUCAAUAUCAGUCAUUGUGCCUUCACAAUCAAUAUCCACAUCUUCUACAAUGGAUUCAGGAUUUGAAUCAGUAGUCUCCAACUGAGAAUCAUCCAUGUAUUUCAUGCUUGAAGGGGAUGAUGAUGAUUUUAAGCUUUCGUAUUUCUCUGCUAAGGAGCGGUAAGAUAUGUAGAGAUCUUGAACUGCUUUCUUCAUUGUUUGUUUUUUUCUCAAACUUAUUUCAGCAUUUUUCAAGGGAGAAUUAUCAUCAUCAUCUUCUAAUAGAUUCAGAAUGA